GAAUGUUAGGUAUUACCAAACUGAAAUUUCCAAGAUUUUUGCACCCCCCAUUUCCUCUAAUGUUCAGUUAAAAGCUGGUAUUUUGCUUGAAAGUUUUGUGAAAAGUAAAAUGCACUAUUACAGGCUUUGUUGAAAGCCAAUAAUCAGUUUAUAAAAAAGCAUUGCACUGUUGUGUGAACCAUCUCAGUUCCUCAGUAGCUCUGGCUCCUGAUUUUGAAUCAAAAUUUGUUAGAAUUUCGUCUAACAUUGAAUCUAUUGAAUCGUCUUGAACGAUUAAAAUUUCUCUAAUCGUGCAUCAAAUUUCGUUAGAAUUUGUAACGUGGAGAUUGUAACUGAGCGUAAAACUUGUUUUUCGAUUGUGGUUUUGAUUUUUGUGUUCCCCGGUGAUAAGGCAACUACAACUAAGGCACAUGGGCAAUUAUUUUGAUGAUUGCCAAUACAACAUCAUUUUAUAAAUUACUACAGCCAAUCUCAUCUGUUUUCGCGGUAUAACUCAUGACUAUUCUUAUACUUUUGAAUGAAAGCCCUGCUGAUUCAACGAAGGUUGUAGAUGUUGAGAUUGUUGACGUAAACUUCUCUGCAUUGGGCCAUCUUUUUUCGAAACAAUUCUGUUCAUGUUUCAGUUGUGGUCACAUGUUGGUGUCUUGUUAAACUUUCAUUGCAAUCUUGCUAUGUGACGUGACAUACAACCUGCGAUGACCACGAAGAAACAGACGACUUUUAAAGCAAGGCAAUUCACCACCUCAGUUCCACGGGAUGGUCUCCUCAUCUACGCAUUCAUCGUCACGCUGCUUCUUUUCAGAAAUAUGUACAAGAGCUUCACAAGUGAGCGCGUGGCGUUCGCAGGGCCAGCGCCACCCGAUGAUGACCGAUCCCUGCCUUAUGCUCCUUUGGUUGAAGACGAUUUCGUUAGGCUACUCACCGUGGCCAAAGAUGGCGUCCAGUGCCGAGAAAUCCAACACGUCUCUACGAAGACGCUGAACGAUCGUCGUUUUACUAAAGUGGGCUUGGAAGGACCAAGGAUAUGCAGCGACUCCUUGCCCCAGGACAUGUCGCCCCGCACCUGCAGGAUUUACUCCAUCGACCCGAGCCCCGACAACAUCUUUUUUGAGCUAAAGAUGGGUCGGCGAGGCUGCCGGGUGCACCUGAUCACAAAUAUCACUGACAUGAACUACGGACGCAUCAGAAACAACAGCUUCCUCUACCCACUGCAUCUGUCACCCCAGCCUGGCAACGCCCAUUACACCCUCGACAACUUCAUCAACCUCAUGUCUCAUGAGUUGAAGAACAUUCACAUCGUGAAGACCGGAGUGAACGCCUCCGAGUGGCGCCUGCUCAACACGUUGUACUCAUCGAGAAUACAGGCGUGGAAAUUCAUCCAACAACUCCGGAUGGUGGUCCACGUGCCCGAUCCAAAAUCCAGCACUUUUGAAGACUUCUCUUACAAAUACCUACUGCUCAAAGGACUUCGGAGUUUGGGUUACCAUUUGGUUUACUCACAACCACUGAUACUGGAAAAAGAAAUAUUGUCACCACCUUCAAACACAACUGUUCCUGACUUAGAUUCAAAUGCACCUGACCUUGGGAUGGUGGAAAUAAAGCCUAAAAUUUACGAGACAAUCUGGCUCAAGGCAUAGAACGUCCCGCAAUUAAGCUGCACUUUCAGCGAUACUAUAAGCAGUACAUGUACACUAAAACACGUUCCUAGGAUGUGUGAUGAACAUAGGGAGGCUGCGACCAUAGAUAGCAUCUAAUGUGCCAAGCAUCUUCUCUGCUUCUAGCGAUCGGCAGGAGUGCAUCGACGUUCUUGUUUGCGCAUACAAAACGCAACAAAAACGUUGUUUCGUUCGACUUUUUUUCAUUUGUUUCAAAAUGGCAAAAAUCGUGAGCUUUUUAGUUGUCGUUUCUACGACGUAGGGUUUGGAAAUUAUUAAUUUAAGAGAGGGAAAAGAACACUUCGUUAGGAAUGACGGCAAUUAGAAAUUUCGCUUCCCGGCUGCUCCUUCAUUUUAAUGCCACUUACUUCGAUUCCUGUCUGCUGUAGUCUUGAAGAUUAGGAGUUCAUUUUCAUAUUGCAUUCUCCCAAAGUUCGUCGAUUUCGAAGAAUUGUGCAACUCUAGGGCCGGUAAAAGAUGUAGAGUUUAGUUCAUCAGAGCUCGUCAAUGGCGAAGCCUGCAGGAUUUCGGAAGAACGCGAUGGCUUGUUGCUUAUGUCAACUAAACAGGUUUCGCUGGCGCUGCGUGGGACAAUUUGAGUCACAAUUUUUGGGGUACAUGUUGACAGUAUUUUCGUAUUUUCUGUGAAAGCAAUACUAAAUUUAACGUUUGUGUAAAUAAGGCUGAUUUGUUGUACAUACGUAAGAGAGUUCUCACACGUGUCGCGCGUCAGGUUUCGGUUACAGCCAGCUUGUCUAAGCUGUUCGAGGCAACGAACGCCAAGGCCUACGAGAGUAGUGAUAGUUUCACCAUGCGUAGGCCUUCUAAUGGCUUACCUGAGGCUUUGCAGACAUUCAAGAGCUGCGUCACAGAAGUCAUAUUAUCGAAUUCUUAUAUCUAGAGAAGGCAUGACCAUCGCGUCCUCCUUUAGUCCACUCACUAUAAGUUCGUUCAUUUUGCUUCGCUCAUACUGAAUUUGAAUUUUGA